AUGGAGUGGAGAACAUCUGCAGUCUGCGCACUGCUGCUGGUGCUCACCUGUAGCAUCCAGGUUAAUGCAAAGAGGGUCUAUACUAGUAACCAUGUAAACAACAUCUGUAGCAUGUGGGGUAACUUCCACUUCAAGACAUUUGAUGGAGACACUUACCAGUUUAAAGGCACGUGUGAAUAUAACCUGGUGUCUGACUGUCAGAGCCUCGUUCAUCAGUUCUCAGUUCACGUGAAGAGAACACAAGACCCCGAUAAGUCAAAGAUCAGCAGAGUGUCGGUUACCAUCAAUGACAUUGCUGUUGUGAUGACUGAGGACCUGGUGACGGUCAAUGAAGAAAAUGUCACACUACCCAUCCACAUCGCAGGAAUCCUUGUCGAAGAGAAUUCGAUUUACACCAAACUCUAUUCCAAACUGGGCAUCAGUGUCAUGUGGAACAGAGAGGAUGCUGUCAUGGUGGAGCUGGACUCGAAAUAUUUCAAUCGCAGUUGUGGACUAUGUGGUGAUUUUAAUGGCAUUCCAGUCUAUAAUGAAUUCAUCCAAUCAGGGCGAAGAGUCGGCUACGCCGAGUUUGGGAAUCUGCACAGAGUUCCCAACCCGAACCAUCGUUGCGAAGACCCUUUUGAAGAUGAUGAAACGGAUAUACAGCAAAAUGUGGUGGACUCAUGUGAAAAACAUCGGGCAAUUUGUGCCGACAUUUUUGAAGAUGGAGACUGGUCUUCUUGUAGUUGGGUUCUGAGCCCUGAGCCAUAUAUCAGGGCCUGCGUGAGUGACACAUGUCAGCCUCAGCCUGGAAAAACAGACACUGCAUCUCUCUGCUCGACUCUAUCUGAAUACUCACGUCAGUGCUCGCACGCCGGGGGAACUCCGCCCACCUGGAGAACAGACAACUUCUGCCCUGUGAAAUGUCCGUACAAUAUGGUUCAUUCUGAAAGUGGCUCGCCCUGUAUGGACACAUGCGCACACAAAGACACAAACACACUGUGUGUGGAACACAAGAUCGACGGAUGCUUCUGCCCUCCGGGAACUGUGUUUGAUGAUAUCUCGUACACGGGCUGUAUCCCACUGGAACAAUGCCAGUGCAAACAUGACCGCAUCUACAAUGCAGGAGAGAUCCUUCGUGAAGUUGGGGAAGAAUGUGAGUGUUGGGGUGGAAACUGGAUUUGUAAGAGUGUGCCGAGCCCUGGUCUGUGCGCAGUAGAGGAAGGAUCUCACUUCAUGACCUACGACGGGAAAGAAUUCACUUUCCACGGAGACUGCAACUACGUGCUUUCUAAAGACUGUGAGGGGUCAAAGUUCAUCAUUUUGGGGCAGAUCGUUCCUUGUUAUAAUCAUGAAACCGACACCUGCUUGAAAUCGAUAGUGGUGAUGCUUAACAACGACAAGAGAAAUCCUCUGAUUAUUAAAGCUGACGGCAAGGUACAACACAAUGCUGAAGUUUCCCUUCCAUACCAGACCGUCGACUUCACCGUCUUCAGGCCGUCGUCAUUUCACAUCAUAAUUCAGAGCACGGUCGGUCUGCAGGUGCAGGUUCAGCUGGUUCCUCUCAUGCAGGUGUACAUCACUGUGGACCAACGCUUUCAGGGGAAGACUUGUGGCCUCUGUGGAAAUUUUAACAAAGUGCUGUCUGAUGACCUGAAGACUCCUCAGGGUAUGGUGGAGGGAACAGCCAUUUCUUUCGCGAACACCUGGAAGGCCCAGUCCAACUGUCCCGACCGUACCAAGAGAAUGGACGACCCCUGUUCCUACAGCACUGACAGCGAACACUUUGCUGAGCACUGGUGUUCAAAGAUGAGGGACAAAGAGAGCCUGUUUGCGAAAUGUCACGCCUCUGUCAAUCCAGACAGCUACUACAAAAGAUGCAAAUACUCCAGUUGUACUUGUGAGAAGAGUGAAGACUGUCUUUGUGCGGUGUUCUCCUCGUACGCCCGGGCCUGUGCGGCUAAGGGAAUAUUUUUCCAAGGCUGGAGACAAAUAGUGUGCGAUAAAUACACAGAGAAUUGUCCCGUCUCGCAAAACUACUCCUAUCAGGUGCAGAGCUGUCAGCACACCUGUCUGUCUCUCAGCUCAGAGCGUCAGGGAUGCAGCGUUGACUUUGUGCCCGUAGACGGAUGUGCCUGUCCAGAUGGACUCUACCAGGAUGAGAUGGGACACUGUGUUUCUAUGGAAAAAUGUCCAUGCUACCACAAUGGAUUGAAAGUUAAACCUGGCAGGUCUAUCAGCAUUCAGGAUGAACACUGUGUUUGCAUGAAUGGAAAGUUUCAAUGUCGGUCCUGGAAAGCUCGUGUUUUGGGUUGCCCACCUACAAAGGUUUUCUUCAACUGCAGUACAGCAGGCCAAAAUGAACAUGGACUGGAGUGUUCGCAGACUUGUUCGCAACAGGAAGUCGAUUGUUUCUCGCUGGAGUGUAAAUCUGGGUGCCAGUGUCCUACAGGUCUCCUGGAUGAUGGCAGAGGAAACUGUGUUAAGCCUCAUGACUGCCCGUGUCCACACAAUGGACAUUCUUACGCAGCAGGAGCUGAGAUAUGGAGGGACUGCAAUAAAUGCAAUUGUCAAGGGGGAACAUGGACAUGUACACAACAUAAAUGUCCAGGUGUCUGCAGUAUAUAUGGAAGCGGACAUUAUCAAACUUUUGAUCAACAAAGAUUCGGCUUUAGGGGAGACUGCAGUUAUAUAGCUUUGCAGGACAAGUGUGGCAAUAAGACCGGACAUUUUAGCAUUGUGACUGAGAAUAUUCCUUGUGGUACGACAGGAACCACAUGUUCAAAAGCUGUUGAUGUCAUUUUGGGGAGGACUAGACUUGAUCUUUCUGAUGGCAAAGUAAAAGCCACUGACACUGGAACUGGUCCACUGAUCAAAUACAAAAAGAGAAAGGUUGGUAUGUACCUUGUUAUUGAUGCUGAAAAUGGACUGACAGUUUUGUGGGACCGCAUAACCACCAUCCGCAUCAUUCUACAACCCCGGCAUAUGGGGAAUGUUUGUGGCCUUUGUGGAAACUUUAAUGGAAAUGGCCAAGAUGACUUCACCACUCAAGGCAAUUUGCCAACUACCAGUAUAAUAGAGUUUGUGGACACUUGGAAAGCAUCAAGCAACUGCCCAGAUUCAGAAGCAGACUUUGACCCAUGCCAGUUCACCCCCAACCGACACACCUGGGCCAAAAUACAAUGUAGCAUCAUAAAGGAAGAUACUUUUAAAGACUGCCAUAGUCAGGUGGAUCCAACCCCAUAUUAUGAUAAUUGUGUGAAGGACACCUGUGCGUGCGACACAGGUGGAGACUGUGAGUGCUUAUGCACAGCUGUGGCGGCUUAUGCUCAAGCCUGCAAUGAAGCACGUGUUUGUGUGGACUGGAGAACACCUGAGAUCUGCCCUGUUUACUGUGAUUACUACAAUGAUCACGAUAACUGCACAUGGCAUUACAGUCCCUGCCAUACGCCCUGCUACAAAACCUGUCUUAAUCCUGAGGGUAUCUGCAAUAACACUUUACCCAACCUGGAAGGGUGUUAUCCAGAAUGUCCAGAGGACAAGCCUAUUUUUGAUGAAGAAAGUCAGAUGUGUGUGGAGUUUUGUCCUAUUUCAACAACAACAACACCACCAACAACAACAACAACAGGAACAACACCAGUAGAAUAUACUACAUCCUCACAAACGCCCAAAACACCCACUGUUUCCACAUCUUCACCUACACCAACAACAACAACUACAACAACAGGAACAACACCUGAAAGUACUGCAACAACAAGGACAGAAUCAACCACAACAGAAUUUCCAACAUCCUCACAAACACCCGAAACACCCACUGUUUCCACAUCUUCACCUACACCAACACCACCACCAACAUCAACAACAACAACCACAGGAACAACACCAGUAGAAUAUACUACAUCCUCACAAACGCCCAAAACACCCACUGUUUCCACAUCUUCACCUACACCACCAACAACAACAACUACAACAACAGGAACAACACCUGGAAAUUUGGAUAUUGGCUCGGGGAUCUGUCUAAACAUGAACUGCUCUGACAUCUGUGAAAUUCAGAAUACAACAGACUCAUGCUAUGACUGUCCAGAAUGGGACAAAAAUACCAACGAGACUUUCAUCCUGUGUAACUGCACCAUGGCGAGGUGCAUCGAGGACAACAUCAUUGAGAUUAUCCCAUUUGAAUGUCCUCCACUCCAAAACAUAACAUGUGCUAACAGAAAGGAACCAGUCCUGGUAUAUGAUGAACACUUCUGCUGCCAGCAAUACGCCUGUGACUGCUUUUGUGAAGGUUGGGGUGAUCCUCACUACAUCACAUUUGAUGGAAAGUUCUACAGCUAUCAAGGAAACUGCACUUAUAUAUUAAUGGAGGAAAUACGGCCUCAUUUUCACCUAAAGAUCUACAUCGAUAACGUCUAUUGUGACCCUAUUGAGCGUGUUUCCUGUCCCAGAUCAAUUAUUGUAUCUUACAACGGGCUAGACAUUACACUUACAAAUCACAAUUUAAUAGGAGGUGCAGAUCUAGAGGUUUCAAAGGGCCAUGAAAAGCUUGCACUGCCAUAUACCCGAAAUGGAGUGAGAGUGGUAAGCUCAAAACUGGAUUUGUUCCUGGAGAUUCCACAGCUGGGCGUCAUCGUAACAUUUGGCGCCACUGGCUUCAGCAUCAACCUGCCAUUCCAGCAUUUUGGAAACAACACACAAGGCCACUGUGGAACAUGCAACAACAAUGUGGCUGAUGACUGUAUGAUACCUGGAGGAAUCUUGGUGGACGACUGUGCAGUCAUGGCAGAUUACUGGCCGGCUAAUGGUAUAAAUGGCGAAAUAUGCCCUCCACCAAAUUUGUUGCCUACAGUUGGAACCAGCCCCACCUCCACUCCUAAGCCAUGCCAGGCUAUCCCAGACUGUUACCUCCUGAAGAGCGAGUUGUUCGAAGACUGCCACCCCCAUUUGUCUCCAGAUAACUUCUUUUUAGGCUGUGAAUAUGACAGCUGUCACACGAGUAACCCGGCCGUGGUGUGUACGAGUCUGCAGUCCUAUGCAAGGUCUUGCUCUCUGCUUGGCAUCUGCAUAAACUGGAGAAACCACACUGACCACUGCAACAUUGAAUGUCCAGCAGAUAAAAUCUUCAAGCCGUGUGGUCCAGCUGAACCCCAAACCUGUGAAGAUCAACCUGAACAGAGGAGUCUUCCAAUACCCACCGAGGGCUGCUUUUGCCCAGAUGGCAUGAUGCUCUUUAACAAAGAGUCUGAAGUCUGUGUGGACAAAUGCGGAUGCCUGGAUGCUUCUGGAACACCGCGUGAGUUUGGUGAGGUUUUCAAGUACAACUGUGAGGAGUGCGUCUGUGAUAAAUCCAGCAAAUCGGUCAUCUGUAAGCCCAGACUGUGUCCUGAUUUGAUCCCUGAGAAAUGCACACAGCCCGGCUAUGUGUUGGUCAAUGUCACCAAUCCCUCAGACCCAUGCUGUACCAAACAAGUUUGCUAUUGUGAUGUAUCCGUCUGCCCGUCUUUGGAUAAAAAGUGUAGCGUUGGAUAUUCUCCAGAGCUGGAGGUGCCUGAGGGAAAAUGCUGUCCGGAAAUCAAAUGCGUGGCCAAAAAAGUAUGCGUCCACGACAACAAAGAGUAUGAGCCUGGUAGCAGCAUCCCUGUUACUGACUGUCAGGAAUGCACUUGUACGUGGGAGGUGGAUCCUAAAUCAGAAUUGUACAAGAUCAGCUGCAAUUUCGUGGUGUGCAAAGAAGACUGCGCUCCUGGUUACAAAUAUCAAGAGUCCGAAAGUUCCAAAGACUGUUGUGGGAAAUGUGUACAAACUCACUGCAUCGUCAAUGUCAACGGCACCCUACAUAUACUAAAGGAAGGAGAGGUUUUGCCCACUACAGACCAGAAAUGUGACAGAAUCACCUGCACUAAAGUGAAUGGACAGUUUAUCACCGAAAACAACAAGAUCCAGUGUCCUCCCUUCAACAUCUCCAACUGCCAGCCCGGUACAGUGCAGGUUAUGGCUGAUGGCUGCUGCAACGUUUGUGUGGACAAGAUUAAGGGCUGUCAUGUACAGACUGUUCAAGAUCACAUAAAUCACAACAACUGUCAGUCCGAGAGAAUAAUGGACCUGACCUUCUGUGGCGGAGAAUGUGCCAGUUACAGCAAGUACAGUGAGCCCGGGUUGUCCGACUGUAACUGUUGCCAGGCAACCCGCACAAGUAAUCGUACAGAGCCUCUUACUUGUUUGAAUGGAGACAAAAUAACCUACACGUAUGUUCACGUCGAGCAGUGCAGCUGUAGGAAAACGAACUGUCAUGGCAUUGGACUCAGUCCGCAAACCCUUGAAGGCAUCCAGAAACGAAGCAUCAAACUUCCUUGAGUACCUGAUGACUCCAGACGUCACCAAGCCAAUGUCUCUAAAAAUCUGUGUGUAACUCGUAAUCUAAAAUUAAUUUAAAUUGCAUUGCUGUAUGUUC